UGGACAUUACGUGCCCACUAACCUGGAGGACGUGACAGGACAACAGUGCAAAAGCCAAAUAGAAAAUUAUACUGGAAUGGUGAGCAAGUAUGAGAGACCUAUCAAAGAGAAGCAGCUAAACUGAUGACAGAUUUUGAUUUUAAAGACUGAAGGUGCCAGAUCAUUUUUGAGACUCAAUAUAAGUGAAUAAACUCCAUUCACCAUGGUAACCCUGAACACCAAAUCCGUUACCGCACCGGUCGGAAUUGUCCGGAUUUUCGAAUUUGUGCUGACCUGCAUCACUUUCAGUCUGGUGGCUUCUCAGGGCCCCUCAACUUUUUCAUAUUGGAUUUGGUGCAUGUUCACCUGGUGCUUCUGCUGUUUUAUGACCCUCCUCAUCAUUAUUCUGGAGUUCACCAGCCUUAAUACCAAGGUGCCCAUCUCCUGGGAUGACUUCACUGCGGCGUUUGCGAUGCUGGCCUCCCUGAUGGUGCUGGCGGCCUCGGCCAUCUACCCCAGGUUUUUCGCGUGCUCGACGUGCGCUCAUGAGAUUGCGGCAUCUGUGAUGUCCUGUUUGUCUUUCAUCCUGUACACAGUGGAAGUAAGUCUAACCCGAGCGAAACCCGGGGAGAUCAGCGGGUUCCUGUCCACUGUGCCCGGCUUACUGAAGGUUCUGGAGGCCUUUGUUGCCUGUAUCAUCUUCAUCUCGCUGGACUCAAACUUUUACAGUUCAUAUCCUGGGUUGCAGUGGUGUGUGGCCGUCUACUCCAUCUGCUUCAUCGUCUCUCUUCUCAUCAUCCUCCUGACAAUCUGUAGGUUGUUGGCACGAUUCCCCUUUCCAUUUGAGAAAUUUCUGGUGGGUUACAAUGUGCUGGCGGUUAUGAUGUACAUGACGGCAGUGGUUAUAUGGCCACUCUACAACUUCCGAAACGUUCCAGAAUUACCAGGAUUCAUAUUCUGGGACAACAAGGUUGUUGUGUCGGCAAUGACCUGCGUCAAUCUGAUUGUAUAUAUUGUGGAUACAGUUUACUCAGUACGGUUGAGCUUCUUUGUUUCGCCUGCCUAGAAAAAGAGCAAACCAUUUUAACCAAUCUAUUGCAUCAGGCAAGGGAAGGUAAAGAUUUAAUGUGGGGUUUUGUAAAAUUAAUUCAAUUAAUACAAGAUUUUUUUGGAAAAAAUAUUGUCUAAAAGUUCUCUGUUGAAUGAUUAUGUAUGUCUGUUAUAAUAUGUUAUUAAUUAGAUGUUAUAUGCUGUUAUGGUAAACUAAUAAAAUAAACACUUUUUUUACAAUAUACAAAAUAAAUAGUUACAGUAUAGCUUUUGUAACAAAACGUGCCUAUAAAGACAUCUAAGGUAAAUUAUUAGCCACUAUAUACAGUAUAUUAUGCUUGAUAUAUCUUUAAACGUAUAAUCACCUGAAUGUAUUUAAACAGUUGUUUAUCCUGUAUUCUGACACUUUUGAAGACUGAA